UAAGUCAUCAAAAAAAUUCGAAAUAUAUUCGAAACAUCUCUUCUGAAAUGGCUCUGGGCAGCGAGAAUCAGUCUUUCUUCUACGACGACGAGGAGUCCUCCUCUUCCCCGGUCAAUGGGCCCUCGGUCAUCCGGCGGAAUGCCCGGGAGCGCAACCGGGUCAAGCAGGUCAACAACGGCUUUAGCCAACUGCGACAACACAUUCCCGUGGCCGUAAUUGCCGAUCUGAGCAAUGGUCGUCGUGGAAUCGGCCCCGGUGCCAAUAAAAAACUGAGCAAAGUCAGCACCCUGAAAAUGGCAGUAGAGUACAUACGCCGCCUGCAGAAAGUCAUUGAUGAAAACGACCAGCAGAAGCAGCAGCAGCAACAGUUGCAGUUGCAGCAGCAACAUCUGCACUUCCAGCAGCAACACCAGCAGCAGCAGCAACAUCACCAGGAGCAACAGCAACAGCAGCAACACUUUUACGCCUGGCAGCAACAGUUGCAGUUGCAAUCGCCCACCGGCAGCGUGAGCUCCUGCCACAGCAACAGCAGCAACGGCUCCUAUUACACACCAGCAACACCAACGAUCCCGGCAGCAACAGCUCCUUCGAAUAUCGUUACCAAGUUGGAGAACAGCUACGAAGACUACCGCAACAAUUCCUGCAGCUCUGGCGCCGAGGAUGAGGACAUCCUCGACUACAUUUCCCUCUGGCAGGACGAUCUGUAGGGAUCUUAGUCCUUAAGAUCCACUCGAAAAACUACUGCAAUUGCUAGUCGCACUUAACCAUCACAUACACACAUCGAACCAUUGAUUGGCCAACAAGUAUUACCUCAGCCACAAAGUAUUUAUAUUACCCAAAACGAACUUUUUUUUUCACCUGUACAAAUUAGCUAUUAAGUUUUUAUGUAGUUUAUAAGACUAGCUUGUAAAUGGAAGACAAUGUACACUUAAGAAUAUCUUUUUUUUAAACAAACA